AUGAUGACGUGCCGUCUGCUGUGCGCCCUGUUGGUGCUCGCCCUGUGCUGCUGCCCGUCCGUGUGCGUUGCGCAGGAUCCUGAAACGGUUGAAGAGCCUGCCGAGACGACUACGACCACUACCACACAGCCACCGGACUCUAAAACUCACCCUAACCCUGAAGUUGAUGUGAAGGGAACCGGCAUCAAUUCAUCGCCUCCUGAAUCAGGAGGACAGGGAAAGGAUCAGCCAAGACCGCACGCACCACCAGUGAAUAAGCCGGCUGAGAAGCCAGCAGAAGAUGCCGGAGCGGAACAACGUUUGACCGGUACUUCACCAAUAUCGGAAGAGGCUGCCAGUGCGUUACAGAAACAAGGUGAUAAAGGUACGACAGGGUUACAAAGUGACACUAAUAAAUCUGCAGACCUCACAGAUAAGGAAGACGAAGAACCCGCAAAGACGACCACGACGAACAAACCUCCUGCCCAGACGACCACAACUACCACCACUACGACAAAGGCACCAACCACGACUACCACUGCGCCAGAGGCACCAAGCACUACGACUACAGAGGCGCCAACCACGACGACCACCCGCGCACCGUCACGUCUUCGCGAAGUCGACGGCAGCCUCAGCAGCUCUGCGUGGGUGUGUGCCCCGCUGGUGCUUGCCGUAUCCGCGCUGGCGUACACCACUGUGGGCUGA